CCCAUGAUUCCCUCUCGUCGUGAGGCACUGUGGGAACUUGCUCACCGCGGGAAGCGAAGUGUUUCGAAAUCUGGUCGCCAUGUUAGUUUACCUUGGUGAGCUCCUCCGGCUACGUGUGUGAAUUCGCCUUUACGUCUGCUGUACUCAUUCACACAAGCACAGCAAUGCCGUCAACGACUUCUCAUGGAUGCCAUUGUUGUAUCCCAAGCUGCAAGCACGUUCAGCUGCGCAACAGGGAUGUGUCCUACCACUCUUUCCCGAAAGAUCCUAGCCUCCGUGAGCAAUGGGUUCAAGCCAUCAUUCAAAACACAGCUUUGCCAGAACUGUGGCAGCCUAAGCCCAGCCAUAAGAUAUGUGGUGCACACUUCAAUGUCUGCGGGAAGAAACAAUACAUGGACAAGGUGCCACGGCUCCUGAAGCCUGGCACAUUCAUUCAGACAUGUCCAUCUCAAGUUGCCCAGUCUUCCCCUCUGGAUGUGUCUGUGGAGGUUACUGUGGAAACCUCCUUCGAGGAAGUGUCCAGCAUGAGUCUUGAAGAAGAUGUAUUGUCCUCUGAGUCUGAACACUUCCUAAGUCAGUCUGACUUUGUUGAUGAGACAGAAGGAUCUGAACAAUGCAGUAAACUCGAACAGCUCUCAAGAGAGAAUGAGGAACUUCGAAGUAUUAACUUGUGUCUUCUUCAAGAGAAAGCAGACCUCCAGAAAAGCAUUGCAGAACUCCACGGAACAAAUGCAGCUAACAGGAAGGAACUGCAAGAUUUGCGUCAGAAGCUUUCUGCUGCAGAGGAGCAGUUUUUGAAGGAGCAACAAGCACUCUCAUCACAAGUUCUUGAUCUUGAGAGAAAACUGGUUGAGAAAGAAGCUAAUCAGGAGAGGUUGAACCCAACACCACUAAGCAUUGCCAGAGAUACUGAGAAAUUGCAGUUCUACACUGGGUUUAAAACAGUUGAGCGUUUCAAGAGAUUUUAUGAAUUUGUUCAUUUGGGCUAUGAGAACUAUAGGAAGACGUGCAGUCAAGGAUCAACGAAGAGUGGGAGACCACAAAGGUUUAAUUUGGAAGAGCAGUUGAUUCUUGUGUUAAUCCGAUUAAGAGUCGGUCUGCUUGAGAGAGACUUGGCUUACAGGUACUGCACAAGUCGUGCAUACAUUAGUGAAAUGCUCUCCUUUUGGACCGAGUUUUUAAGCGAGUACCUCAGCAGAACGCCAAUAUGGCCAUCUCGAGAAACUGUCAAUGACUUCAUGCCGCCUGUGUUCAAGGAAUCCUAUCCAUCAACAAGAGUGAUACUGGACUGCACUGAACUCUACAUCGAAACUCCAAGUGACUUUCGUGUUCAAAGUGACACCUACUCUGUUUACAAGAGUCACAAUACAGCAAAGGGGCUCAUUGGAAUAGCUCCCAAUGGUUUUGUCACUUUUGUUAGCAAUCUUGCACCUGGCAGAAUUUCAGACAGGGCACUAGUCAAGCAAAGUGGUCUUUAUGAUUUACUCGAGGAGGGAGAUUCAGUGAUGGCUGACAGAGGCUUCAUCAUUGCGGAGGACCUGGCCACACUGAAGGUCGACCUCAACAUUCCACCAUUUUUAAAUGGUGCUCCUCAGCUCUCAGUUGCAGAUGAACUUAGAACAAGAAGCAUUGCGAAGGCACGUAUUCAUGUCGAACGUGUUAUUCGACAGGUGAAAACAUUCCGGAUUUUGAAGUACGUUUUUCACAACUCAAUGGCAAAGCUGCUAAACCCAGUGUGGAAAACGUGUGCAUUGUUGUGUAAUUUUAUUGACAAUCCGCUUCUUAAUAGAGGGUGUGAAGGUCAGGAAUGAGAGUGCCUUGUCAAGCUAAUAGAGUUCUUGUACAAUAUUGGUUUAACGCGCGUGCCAGCAAGGACGUGAGUACUGUGAUUAGUCGUUUUGUGUGUGUGUGUGUGUGUGUGUGUUAUUUCCAGUCGCAGAUAAAAAGGCUUGUGAAUUACUGCAUAUUUUUCAGAGCAUUAGUGCUCCAAGUACUGUUAGUAUUCUGCACAACACUAUUAUGUGCCACCUUCACCAAAGCUGGUUAAGGUUGACGAAGCGUCCUUGAACUUGAAAUUAGGUCUCAACUCUUUUUCUGUAAUGGUAGCUAGCAUUAAUGGAACCCAUCGUACAUAACUAAGAUUAUUCAAAAAAGAAAAUUGAUGGCUACCUUCAAGUUAAGGGACACUUCAUCGCGGGUCAGUCAGUGUUUGUGGAACCGGCCAUGUGCAAACCGGAUGUCUAGCUGACCUGCUUUCCGUGUCAAGAUGACAAAGGUACAGUUUCACCAAUGGCAAUUAACAGAGACUUGAACAGAGGUCAACAGUCACUAAACUUGAAAUUAAAUCAUAACUGCGCUUCACUAAAGGAGUUGUUACUGAAUCAUUUGUCACAUCAACUAACGCUUGCAAAAAAGAAUUUAUCUCUGUUCAAAGUUAACCAACAUUGGUGAAACAGGACCUAAGUAGCAAGAAUAAAUACAGUUCACACAAACUCCUGUUUAUUAUGGAAACCAUAAUGUCGUUUCGAUGUCUAUACAGACGUCAUCUUCAGCAAAAGAAAACGCUGCCUGCGAGUCCUAGGUAAGUGUGACAGUGGCCCCUUGUGGUUGUUGCAGGAAUUAUUUUCAUGAUGUAUGUGCCAUGACCCAAGGAAUUUUCUCACCCCCUUCGGGUUCACGUGCCAGUGUAGUGGCAUUGUCAAAGUUGAAAAUCACUUUCAACUACGACAAUGCCAUUACACUGGC